AUGCCUGGAUGGUUCAAAAAGGCGUGGUACGGGCUGGCCUCUCUACUCAGUUUCUCUUCCUUCCUACUGAUCAUCGUCGCCUUGGCUGUGCCCCAUUGGUUAAGCGGGAAGAUCCUGUGUCAAACUGGAGUGGAUUUGGUCAAUGCCACAGACCCAGAACUGGUCAAAUUCAUCGGGGACAUUUACUAUGGGCUCUUCCGAGGUUGUAAAGUACGGCAGUGUGGGCUCGGAGGCCGCCAGUCACAGUUUACAAUCUUCCCGCAUCUGGUAAAGGAGCUCAAUGCAAGCCUCCACGUCACAAUUCUGCUGCUCCUCUUCCUGGCCUUGGCCCUUGCUCUGGUCAGCAUGGGCUUUGCUAUUCUCAACAUCAUUCAGGUCCCCUACAGGGCAGUCAAUGGCCCUGGUGGCAUCUGCCUUUGGAAUGUCCUGGCAGGUGGAGUCGUGGCUCUGGCCAUCGGCAGUUUCAUGGCUGCAGUGAAAUUCCACGACCUGACAGAAAGAAUUGCCAACUUCCAGGAGAGGCUCUUCCAGUUUGUCGUGGUAGAAGAACACUACGAAGAGUCGUUUUGGAUAUGCGUGGCAAGCGCCUCGGCCCACGCCGCAAACUUGGUUGUGGUGGCAAUCAGUCAAAUUCCCCUCCCAGAAAUCAAGACUAAAAUGGAAGAGGCCACAGUUACCCCCGAGGACAUCUUAUAUUGA